CAGUAUGUUGACAUUUAAUAUUUGAGUGCUUUUUAUUUUUCGCGCCGAUGACAAUUCGCAAAAAUUUAAAACGUAAAAAUUAAUCUAUAGCUUUAUGACUCGAAUUCGCAAAAAUAAAUCGACGUAAAAAUUUCCAGAUUUACGGUAUAUAUUCUCUUAUACGCUAAGAGAAGGGAAGGUGAGGUUUUUCCAUAGGGAAAAAGAUUUAAAACCAAAAGUAAUUUCUAAUUAAGUUCGCAAGUACUCCUAAAACUCAGUCAUGUUCUCAAGAGGGAGACUUGAAAUAAGUGAAUUAUAUAUGAUGAUUGAACUUCUUCUCAGUUCCUUCGUGAUUGUUUAAUCCGUUUCUCAUUACGUUGAAAGAAGAAUGAGUUGAAUAUACUUGUUAAAUCACGUUUUCAGUCUGAAGUUUUCUUGUCCAUGUCAUUUGAAGAUCGUGUUCGAGUGGAAUAAGACCGUCUGUUUACUUAAGAUUUACAGAGAAAAAUGAGUAUAGGUAGCAAGAACGACACUGACAGAAAAAUAGAAGAAAAAGAAAACGGAGAAGAAAAUGAACACAAGUAUACAAGUUACUGGAAGAAAUUUUCAACCCGCAACGUCAUUCGAACACCCACCGGCUCGAUCACAAAACAAACUGAAGAGAGUAAUUCUAAUUCUUUAUCCACGUCACCAAUGUUUCUUACAAUCAUAAUAUUAGGAGCAACGGUGUUUUUUCUUCUGUUGAUAAUCGUGAUCUUAAUCAAAAAAAUAAAAACCAGUCAUAAGACAUUCUCAGAUGCGGUGGACUCAAAUUGCGAGAUUUCCCGCGGAAAAAGAACUUUCGAGACACAGACAACACAAGCAAAAGUUAUUAAUCAGAGACAAAAUGUGAUGAGGGAAAAACAUUUUGGUCGAGUGGUCCUUCCUGCUUCGUCUAAUCUAUUAGACAUUGGUCAGGUGUUCCCUAGUUCUUACGAAGGUUCGGGUGAAUACGUCGACCCGAAUGAUCCCUACAUCAAUACAAAUGACCCCGAAGCCAGUCCAAAUGACAUUGACACCAAACCUAAGUAUUUAGAGGUCUUGGCGGAGUCGCACAAUACAAGCACUGAAGUUAACGGGUUUAGUUGUCGACAUCUGCGAGUGCCAAUCUGUAAAUGUUCGGCAUCAGGAUACUAUAACGUACAGUGCAAAACCUGCCAGAGAAAAGGAAAGUCUAAACCAAAAUAUGACGAUAUAAAUUAUUGAUUUUGUUAGUUUUAUUUUAAAGGAGGCUGUGUGGUCAACAAAUUGACCAUCAGAUCUACCAAAACUUCAAA